CCUCAAGAUGGCGGCGGCGCUGGGGCAGAGGGCGGGUGGCGGCGGGGUCGUGGUGCUAUGGCGGGUCCAGCGCCGCCAGCGCAGCACUUUCGAUGUGGCGGUGGUGGGCGCGGGAAUCGUGGGACUGGCCUCAGCCCGGGAGCUCGUCCGGCGGCACCCCUCGCUCGCCUUCGUUGUCGUGGAGAAGGAGAAGGAGCUAGCUCAUCACCAGAGUGGACAUAACAGUGGUGUGAUUCACAGCGGAAUCUACUACACGCCUGGAUCUCUGAAAGCUAAGCUGUGUGUGCAGGGUGCAGCCCUCUGUUAUGAGUACUGUCACCAGAAGGGAAUACCCUACAGACAGUGUGGGAAGCUAAUUGUAGCAGUUGAACACGAUGAAAUUCCAAGACUCAAAGCUCUGUAUGAAAGGGGACUGCAGAACAAUGUCAGAGGCCUGAAACUGAUUGGACCAAAAGAGAUACAAGAGAAGGAACCUUUCUGCAGGGGUCUGAUGGCCCUUGAUUCUCCAUACACUGGCAUUGUGGAUUACAAACAAGUGGCCCAGUCCUAUGCUGAAGACUUCCAGGAAGCAGGUGGGACCAUCUUAACUGGUUUUGAAGUUACAAACAUGGAGAUGGCUAAAGAAAGUCCUUCAGAAAGUGAUGAUGGACUGAAAUACCCAGUUGUUGUUAGGAAUUCCAAGGGUGAGGAAGUCUACUGCAGGCACAUUGUGACCUGUGCAGGACUUUACUCGGACCGCCUGUCUGAGAUCAGUGGCUGCAGCCCUGAACCUCGUAUCGUGCCCUUUCGUGGGGAUUAUUUGGUGCUGAAACCAGAAAAGUCCUACAUGGUUAAAGGAAAUAUUUACCCGGUUCCCAAUCCUCGGUUCCCCUUUCUGGGAGUCCAUUUCACCCCCAGAAUGGAUGGCAGCAUUUGGCUGGGCCCUAAUGCAGUACUGGCCUUCAAGCGAGAGGGCUACAAGUGGUUUCACUUCAAUGCUGGAGACUUUCUAGAUGCUGCAAUGUACAGUGGGUUGUGGAAGCUCGUGCUGAGGAACCUGUCGUACGGCCUGAGCGAAAUGUACAGAGCGUGUUUCCUUAGCGCACAGGUGAAGGAGCUUCAGAAGUUCAUCCCCGAGGUCACUGUCAAUGAUGUAAUCAGGGGUCCAUCUGGAGUGAGAGCUCAAGCAUUGGACAGUGAUGGAAAUCUGGUAGAUGACUUUGUAUUUGAUGGAGGCAGUGGAGAUAUUGGAAGCAGAAUUCUUCACGUCCGAAAUGCCCCUUCUCCUGCUGCCACCUCCUCCCUGGCCAUCGCAAAAAUGAUUGCAGAUGAAGUGCAGCAAAGAUUCGAAUUGUGAAUGAUCAAGGGCUGUAAUGAGGUUGGACCUCUUGUGUAAGAGAUCUGCAGCCUUAGUGACAAAGAUAAACCAAGCAACAUGUUGCUUGAGAGCUCAGCAACCAGCGUGUGAAAUGUUUGCCUUGGCCAGCCCACAACUUCUCAGCUUCACAAAUAAAGGAGUUACGGUGCCUGGUAAGACCUGGUGUGGAAGAACCCUCUGCGAGAAUGCACCCAACAGCCCUGUUGGCAGUAGAAAUUUGUCCACCUGAGCAUAAACAGCCCAUGGAUAGGCUGGUGCCAAGCAUAACUUGAGAGUCUCUCCAACUGCAGCUGGUCUUGAAGUAGAGCAAGAAAAGCUUCUGUGAUGGAGUUGCCCACAGACUUCCCAUACCUUUAGUCUGACUAUGACCUCC